GAAAAAAACCCUGCAGAUAUAGGUUCCCUUGCUCUUGACCUUGUUAAGAGACACUACAGCCCCCAGAACUAUUGUCACACCAGAGUGUCACACCCAGAGAGACAACUCAACCCAGUUUGACAGGAUGAAUAUCACUGGAUAUCCUGUUCACACCACAGCAGGGGGGAACAUCACAACCAUUCCGUUCAGCUCUGUGAGGGUUGAGAAUGGGAAUUCAUCCAGUUACUCAUAUGAGAACUCAUCCAGUUACGCAUAUGAGAACUCAUCCAGUUAUGCAUAUGGCACACAUUUUGCAAACACAUUUGACGUAACCACAUACGACUAUGGUGACUAUGAUGAUGGCGUUUGCAAGUACAAGCCACACGGAGCCAGCUUCCUGCCAGUGCUGUAUUCUCUCUUCUUCAUUCUGGGGUUUCUGGGGAACGUUCUGGUCCUGUGGGUCAUCCUGCUGGGGGUGAAACUACGCAACAUGACCGACGUGUGUCUCCUGAACCUGGCCUUGGCAGACCUGCUCCUGGUCUGCACCUUGCCUUUCCUGGCACACCACGCCACAGAUCAGUGGGUGUUUGGUGACGUUAUGUGCAAAGUGGUCCUCGGCGCCUACCACAUUGGCUUCUACAGUGGCAUCUUCUUCAUCACCCUGAUGAGUGUGGACAGGUACCUGGCCAUAGUCCAUGCUGUGUACGCCAUGAGAGCUAGAACACGGAAGUACGGGGCCAUCGCUGCCGUCGUGACCUGGCUGGCUGGAUUCCUGGCCUCGUUUCCUGAGGCACUGUUUCUUAAAGUGGAGAAACACAACGAGAAAGAAAAUUGUCGCCCUGUCUAUGAUGACAGGGCUUUGGUCAUUUUUGGUCUUUUCAAAAUGAACACACUUGGUCUGCUAAUCCCCCUCGUCAUCAUGGGGUUCUGCUACACACAGAUAGUGAGAAGGCUGCUCAGUCGCCCAUCCUCCAAAAAGCAGGCCAUCAGACUCAUUCUCAUUGUGGUUGUGGUGUUUUUCUGCUGCUGGACUCCGUACAACAUGACGUCAUUUUUCAAGGCCUUGGAGUUAAGUGAGGUCUACUCAAGCUGUGAGAGUAGCAAAGCCAUCAGACUCACUCUACAGAUCACAGAGGCCAUGGCCUACUCCCAUAGCUGCCUGAAUCCCAUCCUCUAUGUGUUUCUGGGGCAGAAGUUUAGAAGGCAUCUCAUAAGACUGAUUAACAAGGUUCCCUGCAGGCUGUGUCAGUUCAUGAAGAACUACCUGCCCCUGGACUUCAGAGUCUCGAGGACAGGAUCUGUCUACUCACAGACCACCAGCGUGGAUGAGAGGUCUACUGCCGUGUGAACAGCAACUUAACUGCAAAGACAAAUACAUCUAACAUCACAUGUACUGUUCAUUCCAAAACAUAUGUAAAUACCAAAUCCAGUGUCAAAUACAAUCAUCCGAAAAUAAUAGGCUCUGAUUCAGGUGCAUGGCAAAGUCAGGAAAUUGUCACUCAUCUCAGAGUUUCACACCAGAGGGUUGAUUUUUACAGAAAUCAACCCAAUCAAUAGAAAUUCCACAAACCAUUUAAUUUCCCUUUGUAUAGUAUUUUCUCUAGUACAGUAUAUCUAUUUGAAUAUCUUUGGCACAUUUUACAAUGUCAUAAUUUUCUUAUAAAAUGUAUUGUAAAUCUGCUAGCACAUGUCAAUACAGUGAUACUUUUUGAUUCUAUGUAAAUAAAUCUAUUACAGUAACUUAA